AUGGCUGUCAGUCUAGCACAAGGAGGACCACCGCCGUUUUUUUUGCGCGUGUGGUGUUCCCAAUAUCUUUGCACUGGAGAUUAUGACAGUAUACAGGUGACCACCAGUGAUGUCACAGAUUUAGAAUUCUCCCUGCUCAUUGAGAAGGUUAACUCAACAGAUGACAUGAGUAAGCUUACAGAUGAGAUUUUAAGCUGUGGAUACACUGGUCAAGUGUCUGCUGACAUGAAAAGCAACAUAAUCAGAGCCAUUGUUUUACACUCCACUAUGAGAGUUGUUCCAAUGCUUGAUCAGCUGAGAAAAGGCCUGAAGCUCUACGAUCUCCAGAAAGUCAUGGAAAUGCAUCCAGGGGAAAAAGAUGACUGGGUGGAUGCAGGCUUCAUUCUGGAGAAUUGCCACCCUGUCUUUAGUGACAAAGGUUCGGUGAAAUACACCAAAGAAGUAAAUGUAAUGAACUUUUUGCAGGAUUUCCUACAGGAAGUUGAGGAUCGUGACGGUGAAGCUGAACAAAAGACUGCAGGUAAAGUUAUGCAGUGGAUGACAGGCCAAAGACAUAAGCCUAUUUUCCCCAGUGACCAGAAGGAUUUCAACAUCACUGUGAAGUUCAAUCACGACUGUGACUAG